UUAAUAUUGUUACUAUCAUAGCAACUUGUUUAUAAGUGAUUUCAAAAUGGGUGCUGUGAAAUUAAGUUGUUUGCUUUCAUUUCUUUUAUUUACACAAACUUCUAAAUUAAUCAACGGUUUCAGAAUAUUUGAUAACGAUGGUGUUCAAAAUAUAUUGGUUUUUAAAAAUGAACCUGUACCGAUUCAGUGCCAGGCGGAUAUGCCGAUAUCUUAUUGUGGAUUUGUUCAUCCAAGUGGGAAAAGAUUCUCAUCAAGUUCUGUCACUAACGCUAAAUGCGAAGUGAAGAUUAACGCAAGCGACGCGGAUGUGGGAGAAUGGAAGUGUCAUAUUGGUAUCCAGUCAGUGAGGGUCGAGAUGAUGAAGAAGAUCGAAGUGCGGGUGGUAGGGGAAGUGGCGGCUGUCCAGGCUAACGUGACCUCUCUGCAUGGAAAGCCCGUCACACUAGCCUGUGUCACCACCAAGGGUCUGGUACCAUUGAGUUACUGCCGCUUUGAACCACCUAAUGGUAGUCCGUUUAGUAUUGAUGCAUCUGUUAAUGCUACUAAUCCUAUAUUGAAUAAGUACUAUUUCCCUGCUAACAAGAGCUUGGACCGUGGGGACUGCGCUGUAACUAUACGUAAAGUAAGGUACGAGGAUGUGGGGCAGUGGACUUGCGGCGCGGGCUUCGAUGAUGGCCAGGAACAUAUCGCUCAAAUAAUUGUUGAGGUGGAAGGACUUUAUACAAUGUCAACAGCAUCGGUAACCGGCAUCACGCUUGGAGGUAUCCUGGUAGCUGGGAUAAUCGGAAUUUUAGGGUACGUCGCGUGGAAGAGACGUUGGGUUUUGGGUAGUCGUCGUGAGGAAGUCGAGGAGAUAGAGGUACAGGAGAUGGGACAACAGAACCCUGAAGCUACUGCUCAAAGAAGAGUACCAGUAAUAACUGUACAGUCUCCCUCUACCACGGGAAGAUCAGAGUCUACAUCUCCAUAAGCUAAGGUAACCGUUGAUAAAAUAAAAAA